AUGGCGGACGCGUCCGAGUGCGGAGUCAGAGUGUUGUGUCGAUUCAGGCCACUGAACGAGUCCGAAAUCAACAGAAGGGAUAAAUACAUCCCCAAAUUUAGGGACGGCGACGCCGUCGUAAUCGCGGGGAAGCCGUAUGUGUUUGACCGUGUACUACCCUCCAACUCCACCCAGGAGCAGGUGUAUGAAUCCUGUGCUAAAGACACAGUCAGAGAUGUUCUAGAUGGCUACAAUGGUACCAUAUUUGCCUAUGGCCAAACUUCAUCAGGGAAAACACAUACUAUGGAGGGCAGUCUCCAUGACGCUCAGCUGAUGGGUAUAAUUCCACGUGUCGCUCAUGAUAUUUUCGAUCAUAUUUACUCCAUGGAGGAGAAUCUGGAGUUUCACAUUAAGGUUUCCUACUUUGAGAUUUAUAUGGAUAAAAUCAGGGAUCUGCUGGACGUGUCAAAGACCAACUUGGCGGUGCAUGAGGAUAAGAACCGUGUUCCGUAUGUGAAGGGUUGCACUGAGAGGUUCGUCUCCAGUCCUGAAGAGGUGAUGGAUGUGAUUGAUGAAGGCAAAGCCAACCGGCAUGUCGCUGUGACCAAUAUGAAUGAGCACAGUUCCCGAAGCCACAGUAUCUUCCUCAUCAGAAUCAAACAGGAGCACCUGGACACAGCGCACAAGCGUAUGGGCAAACUCUACCUGGUCGACCUAGCUGGUAGUGAGAAGGUCAGUAAAACGGGUGCAGCAGGAGCAGUGCUGGAUGAGGCGAAAAAUAUCAACAAGUCCCUGUCGGCGCUGGGCAACGUCAUCUCUGCACUGGCAGAGGGCACUAAGACGCACGUGCCAUAUCGGGACAGCAAGAUGACCCGCAUCCUGCAGGACUCUCUUGGUGGAAACUGCAGGACCACAGUUGUCAUCUGCUGCUCACCAUCCGUUGUUAAUGAGGCUGAGACCAAAUCCACGCUCCUCUUUGGACAGAGAGCCAAGAGAAUCAGGAACACUGUAUGUGUGAACUUGGAGUUGACAGUAGAAGAGUGGAAGAAGAAAUAUGAAAAAGAGAAGGUGAAAAGCAGGAGCUUAAAAGACAUUGUAGAGAGACUGCAGAGAGAGCUGAACCAGUGGAGACGUGGCACGUGUGUCUCUGUGGAGGAGCAGCUGAAUAAUGAAGAGCAGAGCAAGAUCUGUGACAGCACUCCAAUCAUCAGCGAUGCCCUGCUCUCUCUACCCUCGCUCACUGCUGUGGACAAGGAACAGUAUAAAGCAAACAUCAGUAGCCUCUACAAGCAACUGGAUGACAAGGAUGAUGAGAUUAAUCUGCAGACCCAGCUGGCUGAGAAACUGAAACAGCAGAUGGACAUGCUGGAAGAGCUGCUGGCAUCAUCACGGCAGGACCGUGCGCAAGCACGCGAGGAGCUAUGUUCCCUGCACAGGGAUAACGAGGAGCUGAGGCAGAAGUCCAGGGAGGUGCUCUCCACCCUGGAGGAGCUUGCACUCAGCUAUGACCACAAGAGCCAGGAAGCCUCUGAGUGUGCACGCGACAACCACACGCUCACCGAGCAGCUGGCGCUGAAGAGUGAGCUUCUGGAGGCUGCUCAAAGGGACACAGCAGAGCUCCAAGAGUUACUUGCUGUCCAGCAGAGGAGAGCAGCAGAGACCGUCAGCCUGCUGCUGAGAGACCUGAGUGAUGUGGGGGUCCUCGUUGGCACCACCGACAUCAAAACGCUGUGCAAUAGCAGUGUUUCUGUGGAGGAGCAGUUUGUUGCAGUUCAACUUUUCCUUGCUAAGCUCAAGUCUGAGCUCAAGAGCCUUUUUAACCACACCAAACAGCUAGAGACCGCCCACAACCACACCUCCCUCAAGAUGCUGGCCAAUGAGGGAGAGCUUGCCUCCUGUCAGUUACUGAGCUCCCAGCACCAGGUGAAGCUGAAGUCUCUGAUGGCCUACGUGCAGAAUUCUAAUGAGCGGCAGAGGCAGCAGGAACUGAAGCAGCAGCGUCACUCGGACAAGCCGAUCCAAUGGCGCACGCACAGGACCUCUGAGCCAGCCGCCGGUCACGCCACAGGAGAGGCGCCCUUCCCUGAAUGCAAUCAGGAUUUGUUUGAACUUCAGUAUGAGAGAGAUCAUCUAAUGAUGAACCCUUCACCAGACAGCAUGAUUCCUUUGAUGGAGGAUGACGGAGAGAGUUGUGGGAAAGAGAUUGCCGACCUCCGAGAGGAACUGUGCAGUAAGCAAAAGAUGCUGGAGGACCUGAAGGCGUUUAAUGAUGGCUUGCUGGUGGAGCAGAGGAAAGUGAGCACUGAUUAUGAGGCUUUGUGGAUGCAGGAGCAAGACAAAGCUCUCGAACUGCAGAGACUGGUACUGCACGAUGAGAAGAGGAGACUGGCUAGCCAAGAGCUGCGAGACCUUGAGGAGACAGUGUCCCAUGAGCUGCAUUCUCUGCAUAAAUUGCGAAAGCUGUUUGUACAGAAUCUGACGGCGCAUGUGAGAAAGAGCUCUGAGCUGAACUGUGAGGAAGGAGAGAGUAGUGUGAUGCACAAACAGAAGAUCUGCUUUCUGGAGAACAACCUAGAACAGCUCACCAAAGUCCAUAAACAGCUGUUGCGGGAGAACGCGGACCUGCGCUGCCAGCUGCUGGUGCUGGAGCAGCGAGUGCGCGCGACGGCGGAGCGCGUCAGGGCCCUGGAGGAGGCCCUCACAGAGACCAGAGCCGGCGCGGCCCGUGACCGCAAGUUCUACCAGCAAGAGGUGGACCGCAUCAAAGACACGGUCCGAGCCCGCAACAUGUUCCGCUGUGGGCACUCUCCUCUCAUCGCUAAGCCUGUUCGGGCUGGUCACCAUCACACAUUCUCCCCAGCCACAGUGGGGGGAGGACUGACCGUCUACAGCUAUCAUCAUAUUUAGUCACUGACCAACCACCAACUCCUCUACAACUGUCGCCAUGGCUACAGCUCUACUACAAGCCUCACCCUGAAUACAACUAAAUUACAGCAUUCACUUCACAGCCCCCCUACUGCUGUAGUUAUUCCCAUGGCCACAUUCAAUGGUCCAUCGCUAAGGCGUGGACGAGGGUGAGCAGUUCUUCUCUGCACCACUAGAGGACACCGACAUAAGUGUUGGUCGUUAUACUGAAACGCUACUUUAUGGCGCUUGAUCUUCAGAAUAGUUUUUUCUU